AUGGCAUCAGAUCAUGAAGAUGAUCUUUCCUCGAGGCUCCAGUCGGAUUCAUCUGCCGACGAAACCGACUCUCAAGAUUCCGACUCCAUGGCCCGCCUCACCGAUGCUGGUGGCGUGCGCCGUAAAUCCAACAAUGGAUCAGGCAAGAAAGCCUCAGGAGAACCCCACCGAGAGAAGCGAAAGAAGGCGAAGCGUGCCUGUAGGCCAUGCCAGGUGGCUCAUCUCACCUGCGACGGCGUGCGAAAGAAAGCAAAGUACUUAGCAGACACACCAGCUGAAGCUCUAACACAGGAUCUUGGCACACGAGGCCGUCCCCCAGUGAGCAAUCCUCAAAACUUCAUUGCCCGUUCUACCAUGUCCGAUCUGCCCGGAGGUAUCUCAAGGCCCCCUUAUGGUGGGCAUCCAUAUGGUCUCUACCCCUCGACUGGCCAAAGCUCCCAACCCAUCACUCCGCUGAGCGCAUCGGCCCCAUCUUAUGGGAAUCCUCCUGGAGUGAUGGCCCCGAAUUACAGUCUUGGUUCAGGCCCACAGUCUUUGCCCUUGCAAGGCUACAAUGGAACUCUGCAGCAGAAUCCCGCUGCUGGCUCCGAAUCCCUUUCUGGAGAGUUUAAUGGAGACAUGUUUGCCCCUUUUGAUUCCAAUUACCUGGAUAAUCUAAACUUUGAGAAUCGAUUCGCAGCCGCGGAAUUUGGAAUGCUCGGUACCAUGAGCUCAGGUAUCGUGAAUAGUCCACCAAGUGAGGGCACCGGGCAUUUCCACUCUGGUCUUGGAACGUUCACCCCGAAUACUGCUUUUAGUUCGUCCGCCCAAAGUCCGAUAGAUUCCCAGACACACUAUGCCCAGACUCAGGGUGCCUCUCACUCCAAGGUCAAAUAUGAAUCAGGAGUAUCAAAGCCCAUGUUGCAGAGCCAAGAUACCCAGGAUAAGGUCAUCAAAAUGGAGGCACCAGCAGCGCUCGCCAUUGGUUCCUCUGCCUAUCCAAGUCCAAGCUCCGGCUCCAGUCCGCAAGGUACGACAGGCGGGCGCGAGGAUACUUCAAUAGCUAAGGACACCUUUACUAACAUUAACAAACAGCUUCAGUACCAGGCUCGCCAAGAGCCACCAUCUCGCCAACAACAACCGCCCACCUCUGCAGCCUCAAUCUCAACGACUACACCUACUCCAACCGAUCAGACAAAGCCAAUACGCCGCCACCGCAAUCCCUCGGAAGUGUACAGCAACGUGACUCAACCUUACUCGUACACAGCCGGCUUUCACAGUCUGACAGCUCUUAUCCAAAGCCGAUUCUCCCCUCGCAAGACAUCACAUAUUGCAAAGGCGCUUGCUGCAAUCCGCCCUUCUUUCAUUUCGUGCACGAUGAGGCUCAACCGGGACGACCUGAUCUUCAUGGAGAAAUGCCUCCAGCGUACUCUGUGGGGCCUUGAAGAAGUCAUUAGCUCCACGGGUACCCCCACUAUCAUUUGUCGCCGUACCGGAGAGGUUGUCGCUGCAGGCAAAGAAUUCAGUAUCCUUACCGGGUGGAGCAAGGAUGUACUGCUUGGUAAAUCACCUAACUUGAAUAUCAAUAAGGGCGGUGAGAUUUCUGGUUUGCCUGGCACAGGCGCUUCAUCACGAGGUGGGCAAGAGACGCCUCGCGCGACCGAGCAAAGAUCGGACGUCUCUAUCAACAUCGUAAAUCUUUUGGACGACGAGAGCGCUUGCGAUUUCUUUGAUGACUACGCCCACUUAGCUUUUGGAGAUUCUCGAGGGGCCGUCACGACACCCUGUAAGCUGCUUAAAUACAAGACAGCAGAAAAUAUAAAUCUGGAAGGGCGGUUUGACGACUUUGGAACAACAAAAAAUCGGGGAGAGCGACCUAACGUAGCUGGAGCUACAGGGGAUACUGGGAUGCCAUCGAGGGGUAAAGACGACAGAACGGUCUCUUGCAUGCUUUGCUGGACUGUCAAACGGGAUGUCUUCGACAUCCCUAUGUUAUUCGUGAUGAACGUGAGGACUAUUGUGCAAUGA